UCAUCUAUAAAAUAGAUUUGUUGUUAUGAGCCGUGAAGGAAAACAGAGCAACCGAAUGGAAAAAACAGGUGAAGCGAGUUGGAGUGAGAAAGUGGAGGAUUUGGUGGCUGCCGGAGACACGCAGACCGCCAUCACUUUCCUCGAAGACCUCAUUUCCGAUAUCGAAACGACGCCUUCCGAGGACCUCCGAUUAGCCUCUGCUCUUUCCGACUUAGCUUCCCUCUAUUCCUCCAUCGGCUUCUCCCUUAAAUCCGAUGAUCUUCUUUCACGCGCUUCUGUUCUCAAACUUCGUGCUCACUCUUCAAGUGCGGGACUGAAAAACAAGGACUUGAAGGAGGAUUCUUUAACGUCACCUAAUGUUUCUUGGCUGCAAAUGACAAUCCUUUCGAACCGUGGAAAGUUGCCGGCAUUGGCCGAUGAUUGUUUGCCACCUAACUCAUCUUCAGAUGAUGAUUGGGAAGCCAUUGCGGAUCGUGAACCGGAUGAGUUACUUUCUUCAGAAUGCUUGCCUGGAGUAUCAAAACUUUCUUUGGGGAUAGUAAAGCUGAAGCCCCUAAGAGACGCGGAAGGGGGACAUUUUCAUAAAAGUGAACUCUACAAUGAUCAACUCUCUGACAUGUCUGCUCCUGAAGAUACCGAGAAUGAGGACGUGGGCAAACAACCUGAAACAAAAAUGGUUGAACCUAGAUAUGGCACACAUCAUGUUCUUGUUUUGGCCGGCUUUUCACUAAGUACUAGGACACAAGACCUAGAGAUGCUUUUCGAGAACUUCAGAGAUCGAGGAGUUGCCAUUCGCUGGGUCAAUGAUACAACUGCCCUUGCAGUAUUUCGAACACCUUCUGUAGCCCUUGAAGCCCUCGACCAUGUUCGUUGUCCAUUUAAUGUACGCAUACUUGAUGAGGAUGAUGCACUCUUUGGCUCAAUUUCGGCGAGAGAUUUGGAGCCGCCUCGUCAAAGACCGCAGACAUCAGUAAGAACUGCCCAGAGGCUGAUUGCUCAAGCAAUAGGAUCGAAAUUGCCAUCCACCUUUGGGUCUAGAGAACUGAGAAACCAGGAAGAAGCCAGGAACCGGAUAACUACAAGGCAAAAGUUGAGAGAUGAUGCCUGGCGAUGAUUGAAUCGAUGAAGGGUUCUUAUGUUAAUGAUACAGUGUUAACCAUCCAAAGGAAAAAAAAACAAAAAACAAAAAUGGAGCUUGAUACUUGUUUGCUUGUACUCAACAGGUUCUGCAACACAACUAGGGAACCAGUUUCAUAUUUUCUUUGAAGAUUAACGUUGAUUGCGAGAUUGCAUG